GGGUCUACUCAUCAAUGAUUGGAACUCUUGUAAACAAUACAAUGCUACAGGUAUUACUAUGGAUUCACUUAAACUAUAAUUAGUUUACCACAUUCCUUCUGUAGUUUGAUUUUUUCAAAGUAUAUAAUGUGAAUUUCUUACCUUACAUCAUGCAAUUGUGAUAUAGUCUUAUGUGAAUUGUGUAUUGAAUAGGCUAUGGAUAAAAAAGACAAUGCCCUUGUCUCCCUGGUUCCUCCAGAAAAUAAGGUGGGGUUGCUCUUUUUUAUUUUAAUAUGUUAUAAUUUAUCUUAAUUACAAUUAUUUGAAUGGUACAGCUCUGUAUGUUAAUUUGUUUUUCUCUGUUUCUUCUUGAAAUUUUUAGAGCAGGCGAGAAGAAUUGCUAGAGUUUUUUGAAGAGGUAUUUUGAGGUAUUUUUAGCACAAUGGUUUGUACACCAAACUCUGGACUGAGGAGUAUGGGUAUGGGUUUAAAACUUUGAAUAACUCUUUACACCCUAACAUCAGUAUGCAUAAUCUCCAUACUCUUCUUUGUACAUUUGCUAGGGUGCUGAAUGGGAGAAUUUGUUUGAAAAUCAAUAGCUUCUUUAGUUGGUGAUCAUUUCCUUCAUUCUUGUGACCUUGAUAUUUGAUUCAGGGUGAUAUUGUAAGGAGAAAUUAGAUGCUAGUCACCCUUAUGGGUCAACGGGUCAAGGAGGUGUCUGUCAGACUCUGGCACACUUUGCUACCUCUUAGUCAAUGCAUGCAUGUAUCGGAGGAAUAAUUAUAAAUGGUUACCUGUAAACUGUAAGGAAAAUGUGAUGGAAUGCAGGGUGGGGGGUUUAUUGUGCAAUGGAUCAGGAUCAUAUCCAUAGGUUAAGAAGCCAUACUCCUAGUGGAUUUAUGUGUUGAAAGAAAGGAUAAGUACUGAAGGCCUGGUCUGGGUCACUUACCUCAGUGUUGAUGUUAAGACUAACAAAUUUUUUUUUGCUAUUAAGACCUGUGUACAGGCUGUGGCAAAAUGCAGUGGUAUCAUUAUCAGUCAC